AUGCCGCCGACCCCACUCCAGCCCACAGGCCGACACAUGUGCGACAGGGGUCCGUUAGCGGCUCUGUUAGCGGCUCUGUUAGCGGCUCUGCUCGCCUGCUGGAGGUUUUUUGGGUUUUGGCGUGACGACAAUGCUGGCUCUGUUGGUGCAUGUCACCGAGCGCAUAUACUACCUACUAGAUGUACUAUGUAUGUGCAAAGGAGCGUCAAGACUCGUGCAAUCAAGCAAGUGGCGUUGUCGGCUGCCCUACACGGACAACAAUAUUGCGGCUUGCAAGGUACCUGGCCGCAACGCAGCUCCUCGUCCCCCUCCAACAUUGUCACCAGGCUUUCGAGUGAUUAGUCUUCUUUACGUGUCAUACACACAGAUUGCACACGGGCAUCUCGUUUGUGACAUUAAUGCUUGUUACUGUCUGCGUGGCGUGAGCCACAGAAGAGCUGCCGAGCUCCUUCGUACUAACCAGGCACUUGUGUGCUCCUUCGUUCUAUGUACAUGUAUUGCCCGCCAAUAUCCCAUUCCGUUUCGUUGGGUACUUUUCCCUUGAUUUCGUAAAAAAAAAAAAAAAAAAUCGCUGUCCCGAGAUCCUUCCAAUAGUACACAUGCCUUUGUUUGCUCAUCUAGAGAGCUUCCGCUAAAAAUACAAGAGGUAAAAAUCGUAGAAAUCCCAAAAGAAUCUGUGUAGAUUCCCAAAUACAUCCCUUCCAACAAAAAAGGGAAGAAUCAUAGCUCUUCCAAAACCUGUAUCAAACCGUGGAUUGUCCAUGAAUCGUCAUAAAUCUCGUUCAUAGUAUGCUUAGCACCAUGUGCAUUCAAUUAUCGUCAUCUUCUUCCUCUUCCUCUCCAUCUUCAUCUUCAUCAUCGGAUUUUGGAGGCUCCCAAGUCUCUUCCAACUUCAAACCCUUGCCGGUAGGCUCUUGGUGUUUGAAGGAAGAC